AUGAAUUCUUUGGUGAGCCCUAAGUUUAUUGUGACACAAAGAUCAGUUCGAGAGCACUUGGCAGUCUUGCAGAAAAAGUACCAAAAGAAAAUGAGACAGGAAGAGAAGGCAAGUGGUAUCUCUCCAGAGAAAACAGAGCUUGAUAUCCUACUUGAGGAGAGUAUGUAGCUGAGCAGAUUGGUGAAGAAGAGCAAGAAGAAGCAAGCCGAAUGAAUCAAGAAAAAACUGACCAGGAACAAGCAAGAGCAUAAAAGAAGAAAAGGAGAAAAAACCGAAAAGGAAACGAAGAAGUGGAGGAGAGAUGGUGGAUUAUUUGAAGAAAAAAUUCGUGAGUGAGCAAAAG